AUGGCCUUCACGUUCGCCGCUUUCUGCUACAUGCUCUCCCUGGUGCUGUGCGCCGCGCUCAUCUUCUUCGCCAUCUGGCACAUCAUCGCCUUCGAUGAGCUGAGGACGGAUUUUAAGAGCCCCAUAGACCAGGGCAACCCAGGGCACGCGAGGGAACGGCUGAGGAACAUCGAGCGCAUCUGCUUCCUCCUGCGGAAGCUGGUGCUGCCCGAGUACUCCAUCCACAGCCUCUUCUGCAUCAUGUUCCUGUGCGCGCAGGAGUGGCUCACGCUGGGCCUGAACAUGCCGCUGCUGUUCUACCACUUCUGGAGGUACUUCCACUGCCCGGCGGACAGCUCCGAGCUGGCCUACGACCCGCCGGCCGUCAUGAACGCGGACACCCUGAGCUACUGCCAGAAGGAGGCCUGGUGUAAGCUGGCCUUCUACCUCCUGUCCUUCUUCUACUACCUGUACUGCAUGAUCUACACCUUGGUGAGCUCCUAA